GGAAAAUACCUAAAAAUGACAAGUAGAAGGCUUCAAGAGCCCAUGGGUGCUGCUCAGAUGGGGUUGGUCAAAGUGCUCAAAGGGUUACAAAGUAAAGUUUUGCCACCCAUGAUUCCCAAGGUGGUCAGUGAAGAAGAAGUCAACCAAAUGCUGACACCCUCGGAGUUCAUGAAGGAAAUGUCUCUUACUACAGAGCAGAAAUUGGCAAAUACACACUUUGUAUGCCGGCCACAUAUCAUCGAACUCUUAGAUAUGGGAGAAACGACACAUCAAAAGUUUUCAGGAGUUGACUUGGAUCAAGCAUUAUUCCAGCCCUUCCCAUCAGAAAUUGUAUUCCAGAAUUAUGUUCCAUGUGAAGUCUAUGAGGUUCCAUUGUCUUUGAGGAACAACGACAAAAUUCCAAGGAUGGUGAAAGUUGUUGAGGAAAGUUCACCUUACUUUAAAGUAAUCAGCCCCAAAGAUAGUGGCCACAAAGUAGCUCCAGGAGUGCCAACCAUAUUCCGAGUCCUCUUCACUCCAGAGGAGAACAAGGAUUAUGCCCAUAUGCUGACCUGUAUUACUGAAAGAGAAAAGUUUAUUGUACCCAUCAAAGCUAGAGGUGCUCGAGCCAUCCUGGAUUUUCCUGAUGAGCUGAAUUUUUCCACUUGCCCUGUCAAAUACAGCACUCAGAAGAUUCUACUGGUACGAAAUAUUGGCAACAAAGAUGCUGUGUUUCAACUCAAAACUAGCAGGCCUUUCUCCAUAGAGCCAACUGCUGGGACUCUCAAUGUGGGGGAAUCCAUGCAACUGGAAGUAGACUUUGAGCCUCAGGCUGUGGGUAAUCACAGUGGAAAACUUAUCUUGGAUUAUGACACAGGUGAAACAGUGCUUGUGUGUCUCUAUGGAGCUGCCAUAGAUAUGAAUAUAAGGCUGGAUAAGAAUUCCUUGAUCAUGGACAAAACCUACAUAUCUCUGGCUAAUCAGCGAACUGUAACCAUUCACAAUCGCAGUAACAUCAUCGCCCAUUUCCAGUGGAAGGUAUUUGCUACCCAAGCAGAAGAGGACAAAGAAAAACAUAGGGUCUGUGAUGAUCUGAACAAAGAGGAAAAACAUGAAACUGAUACAUUUCUUGAAGAAUGCAUUAUUGAUCCUUCCCUCCGAGAACGUCUUUCUAUUCUCUCCCGCACCUUCGAGAAUCAGAGGAAGCUGGUUCAAGAAGACAGCAUGCUCUUCUUGAAUAACAUUUUCACUAUUGAGCCUCUGGAAAGUGAUGUCUGGCCCAACUCAUCAGCGGAAAUCACUGUGUACUUUAAUCCAUUAGAGGCCAAACUCUACCAGCAGACUGUUUACUGUGACAUUUCAGGCCGAGAGAUUCGUCUGCCCCUCCGAAUCAAAGGGGAAGGAAUGGGACCUAAGAUUCAGUUCAACUUUGAAGUGCUGGACAUUGGCAAAGUUUUCAUUGGAUCUUUACAUUGUUAUGAGGCAAUACUGUCCAACAAAGGCAGCAUUGAUGCCCUCUUCAAUGUGAUUCCUCCAACGUCAGCAUUAGGAGCCUGCUUCAUUUUCAGUCCCAAAGAAGGCAUCAUUGAACCAAGUGAAUUCCAAGCUGUCCAGAUCUCCUUCAGUUCUGCUAUCCUGGGGCACUUCGAAGAAGAGUUCCUGAUCGAUGUCAAUGGGUCACCUGAGCCUGUGAAACUGACCAUUAAAGGCUGUGUCAUUGGACCUACCUUCCAUUUUAAUGUCCCUGCUCUGCACUUUGGUGAUGUUUCCUAUGGAUUUCCUCAUACCUUGAUGUGUUCUCUCAAUAAUACGUCUUUGGUCCCUAUGACCUUCAAAUUGCAUGUCCGUGGAGAUGGCUGUGGCCCAAAAAGCAUUCCAAGUUAUGGACAGGAUUCAGAGAGCAGAAAACAGUCUUGGAUCAAUGCAGAAAUACCCACAACAAAGCCAAAAGAAUUCACCAUCACUCCCAACUGUGGCACCAUUCGUGCCCAGGGUUUCAGUGCUAUCAAGGUGACUCUAUGCUCCAACACUGUGCAGAAAUAUGAGCUAGCACUGGUGGUAGAUGUGGUGGGCAUUGGGGAAGAAGUGCUGGCGCUCUUAAUCACAGCCAGGUGUGUUGUACCUACCCUCCAUUUGGUUACUAAGGAGGUGGACUUUGGGCGCUGCUUCUUGAAGUACCCCUACGAGAAGAUGAUCCAGCUUGUCAAUAAUGAUGACCUCCCAGGGUGCUAUAAGGUCCUGCCCCAGGUGCGUGAGAACACACCUGCUGUACUGAUUUCCAGUCCCAAGCCCUGCGGGGUCAUCUCUCCACACAGUAUCAUAAACAUACCACUGGAUCUGGAGACCCAGGUCAUCGGAGAACAUAGUUCCAUGGUCUACAUCUCAGUCUUUGGAAGCCAGGAACCCCACCUGGUAUGUCACAUAAAGAGCACUGGACAAGGCCCAGUUAUAUUUGUAAAUCCAGUGAAACUUGAUUUUGGCAAUAUUUAUGUCCUAAAGGAUUCCUCCAGGAUUCUCCAACUGUCUAACCAGUCAUUCAUUCCUGCAUUAUUUCGGGCUCAUCUGGUAAACAAAAAAUCCUUGUGGACGAUUAGACCCAGUGAAGGCAUUAUUCCUGCAGAAGAUGACGUUGCCCUGACUCUGACCGCCAACCUGAAUGACAUAGUGACAUUCAAAGACAUGGUCAUUUUGGAGAUUGAAGAUAGCAACACCUAUCAGAUUCCAAUCCAGGCUACAGGAAUCGGUUCUACCAUUGUUUCAGAUAAGCCCUUUGCCCCAGAACUCAAUUUAGGAGCACAUUUUAGCCUCCAUACCCACUACUACCACUUCAAAUUGACCAACAAGGGACGUCGAGUUCAGCAGUUGUUCUGGAUGAAUGAUAGUUUCUAUCCUCAGGAAAAACUAAGCAAAAAGCAACAGAUGAAGAAAAGAAAGGCUAUUGUCCAGUCCCAGGCCAAGACCCAGGCCCAGUCCCAGGGCCAGGCCUCCCAGAAAUCCAGUAACCCAGGGAUUCCCGUGUUUCAGAUCCACCCCAUCAGGAUGGAGUUGUACCCAGGCCAGACGAUCGAUGUGAUGCUUGAAGGCUAUUCAGCUACUCCCAGGGUUGUCAAAGAAAAGUUGGUGUGCCAUGCCAUCGUGGGAGCCUGCAAGGGGAAGAGCGUGUUGAUGUCUGUAAAUGUCAUCUGUGAGUUUAUAGCACCUGUUAUGCAGCUCUCCACCAGGCAGCUCAUAUAUCGACUGGAGAAGACACCUGACACUGCCCUGGAACCUGAUUACCAGCCCUUGACCAUAAAGAAUAUUUCUACCCUGCCUGUGCAUGUGUUUCUCUCAACAACUGGACCUUUCUUUAUAUGUGAAACUGAUAAAUCUCUGCUGUCUGCAACUCCUAAGCCUAUAAAAUUGGAGAUAGAUGAAGAAAAAAGCCUGCUGAUAAAAUUUGACCCUUCCUGCAGAAAUGAUAUGAACAACUGGGUGGCAGACAAGGUUCUGACAAUUGAGUAUAUGGAACACCCCCAGGUAGAUAGCCUGAGCCUGCGUGGAGAAGUGUAUUACCCCAACCUCAGCUUUGAGAUGAUGGAGGUGGAUUUUGGCUGUGUCCUGAAUGAUACUGAGGUCAUUCACUACAUUACCAUCACCAACUGCAGCCCCUUGGUUGUGAAGUUUCGCUGGUUCUUCCUGAUGGACAAUGAGGAAAACCAGAUAAGGUUUGUGCCAUGGAAGAAGAAGCUUGACAGUGCCCCUGUAUCCCAGAUGGAGUCCAUCCCAGCAACCUCAGUAUCUGCCAACUUGCCAGCAGUCCAGACUACGUUAGAGUCCACUGAGAUGGCUUUAAGUGACUCUUUUACGACUAUCCUUGUGGAUGAAGGCGCUGGAGCCGAAGAAAGAGAAAGCAAAAAAUGCACAGCAUCCACCAUGGUCUCAGAUGGGAUAAAAAGUGUCUCUGCUGAUACAAGAAAAAACCAGAGCCAGCCAGAGUGUCAGGAAUCCCUGUGGGUCCUUGAUCAGGAAGAUAUGCUUUCCAUUGGGAUAGAGGAAGUGUUUGACAUUCUGCCCCUCUAUGGAGUUCUGCAACCAUACAGUAACCUUCAGAUCUCUUUCACCUUCUAUGGACACUGUGACAUUGUUGCACAGGCCAAAGCUCUGUGUGAAGUGGAAGGAGGCCCCACCUAUGAAAUAUUACUGAAAGGCGAGGCAUCCCUGGUCAACUAUUCCUUUGACACCCAGAAUAUUAAUUAUGGAUUACAGCUCUUUGACCGCAUUACAACCCGUGAAAUCACACUAAAGAAUACUGGGAAAGUUGGCUUUGAGUUCAAGGUUCUGACUAACUACCAGUCAUUGCCAGAGAACCUUCACCCCGGUGUGCCACUCAUUCUGCCACAGUCGGGUUUUAUCAGUUCGGAUAAGGGACAGGUGCUGAAAGUUUACUACUUGCCUGGAAUUCCUGAGAUCUUUCAACGGAGUUUCCAAAUACAGAUCGCCCACCUGGACCCAGAAAACAUCACUCUAAAUGGAGAGGGUAUCUUUCCUCGGAUCUGCCUUGACCUCCCCAGGGAUCUCCGAGGCAAUGAAAAAUAUGAAGUCUUCUUAGAUCAGGCCAAGAAAACUGUAGAACAAGAAUACAAUAAAGAAGAAAGUAUUGAUCACUUGGAUAUGAUAACGGAAGAAAUACCUGAAGAUGAGUCCACAGAGUUAAGUGCUCAUAUUCAAAUGGAAGUGGAGCGACUUAUUGUCCAAGACUAUGCCCUAGAACAUCAGAAAACAAUUGUCUAUGAUCCCACAAAUGAUGCCUGCUUGAGCCAUCGGAAUAACUUCAAACUAGCCAAAGUCCAAUUACCACCGUACAUCCUGGACUUUGGCUACAUUGUGCUAGGUGAUGUCCGAAUCCACAUCAUCAAGAUUACCAACACCAGUCACUUCCCAGUGUCCUUCCAUGCAGAAAAGCAAGUCCUUCAUGACACAGGCUUCAGCAUUGAGCUAGAUCGUGUAAAGAAUCUGCCUUACUGUGAAACGGAAAUAUUUGAAGUGAGAUGUGACCCACAAGGGGCCAGUAUUCCUGUGGGAAACAAAGAGGUCAUUCUGCCUAUCAAGGUAGUUGGAGGGCCAACUGUUAACAUCUGUCUCAAAGCCACAGUAACUGUUCCAAGUAUGACUCUGUCUUGUGAAAAAGUGGAGUUUGCUACAAUUCAAUGUGGACAGUGCAUGGUGGAAACUAUUCAGCUUUCUAAUCAUCUCAAAGUCCCUUGUGAAUGGUUUGUCCACACUCAAAUGUGUUUCAACAAGCUGGAAAAACACAUGCCAAAGUACUUAAGACAGAAGCUACGUGCUGAACUGAAGCCCACGACACGAAUUUUUGAGAUCCAACCCACUUCUGGAGUCUUGGAACCUGAUGAGAGAUCCAAUGUGCAAGUGAAAUUCAUGCCAAAAGAAGAGAAAUUCUACAGCCAAGCCCUGAUGUUCCAGAUUGCUCAGAGUACUCAAAAGCUUUCACUGCUAGCACAAGGGCAGGGUCUAGAGCCACGCCUGGAAUUCAGCCCUUCAGUUCUGGAACUGGGGCCACUGUUGCCGUAUGCAUCUGGAGAUGAGGCAGAGGUGAUUGUGAGGAAUCCCUGCAGCUUUCCAAUUGAGUUUUACUCUUUAGAAUUUGACCAGCAAUAUAUCUUAGAAGAGAAGAUCUUGCAACAGCUGAAGGGCUAUGAUUCUUACAACACCCUGCUGCUGCCUCCCCGCAACCCAGGGGACAAGCUGCCCCAUGAAGUAUACGAGUACUUCAAGGAAGUGAGCAGUUCAAAAGAAGAGCAGGUGAAGACGAAAUAUCUGGAGGAUCUGUCACAGGAGAAUGAUGAAGAAGAAAUUACCACAUCAGACCAGGGAACCUCCUCUAGUACAAAGAGGACAUCACUGAGCCGAGGAAUCUCUGCCAUAUCCAACCUGGAAGAGCAGCACAAUUUUUUGGCAGAAUCCAGAAUUUACCAAGAUGAAGAAGAUGAUGAUGAGGAAAGUCUAGAUAAACUGAUAUUUCAAACUGAAAAUAUUCAGAGUAAUGAUAGCCACUCUGCAGAGGAAGUUGGAGAAGUGGAAAACAAUCCAGUGAGCAAGGCAAUUGCUCGCCACCUGGGCAUUGACAUUUCUGCAGAAGGCCGCUUGGCCAAGAACCGUAAAGGCAUUGCCAUUAUCAUCCACGGAACACCUUUAUCAGGAAAGACAGCCAAUGCCAUCAGCUUGGCUAGAUACUACAAUGCAGCCUGCUUGACCAUCGACUCCGUUGUCCUGGAAGCAGUGUUGGAUGGCAAUAACAUCCCCGGGACUCGAGCUCGUGAGCUGUGCAUCAGAGCUGCCAUUGAGCAGUCCAUGAAGGAAGCAGAGGAAUCCGUAACCCAAGAGACUACUGUGAGCCAAAAUGUCAUAGGAUCAACACGACUGAGCACUGAAAAUUUGGGCAAGUUGACCUCAGAAAGUACUUUGGUGGUCCCGGAAGGUAAAUCUGGAAAGAGUGUGCGUGGGAGUCUGUUAUUCACCAAAGUCAAAUCAGAGAGCCAUGGAUCUGGGUCCCAGAAGCCACAUCACCUGCACCAGCCGGAAACAACACAGGUUUCCUCCAGCCCUCACCUCCUAGGACCCACUCAGCGCCGGCUCAGUGUCAGUGCCAGUAUUGGAGGUGAGACAGGGCUGAUGAGCUGUGUGCUCCCUGAUGACCUUCUUGUACAGAUCCUGGCUGAGAGGAUACAGCUGAGUGACUGCUACCGAGGAGUGGUGUUUGAUGGCCUGGACACGCUCUUCGCUAAGAAUGCACCAGCCGCCCUCCUCUGCCUGCUGAAGGCCAUUGGCAGCCGUGAGCACAUAUAUGUUCUCAACAUGGCCCAAGAUUAUACAGUCAUGAAAGCCCAGGAGAAGGCCAAAAAGGAACUAGAAGAACGCAAACGCCAGGAAGCUCUUCAAAAAGAGAAGGAGCGUCUCCAAAACAUGGAUGAGGAAGAAUAUGAUGCCCUGUCACCAGAGGAGAAAGCCAUAUUCGACCGGGAGGUUCAGCGAGCACUCUGGGAGAGGAAGAAGAGGGAGCUGGAAAGGCUGGCUAAAGAGAUGCAGGAAAAGAAGCUACAGCAGGAACUUGAGCAACAAAAAGAAGAAGAUGAGAUGAAACGGAAGAUAAAAAGAUCCAAGCAGGUCCCUGUGAAGGAGAAAUCACAACCAAUAACCAACAAGCAGGUUCCCACUCCUCUGAAGUUAGAAAACAAGAUGGAGUCAGUAGAAAGGAAAGUUUCUUCCCGAGAGCAAACAGCAUUUGACAAGGAAGACCCAGGCAAGAAGAAGAAGCCCACGAUGGACACCACCAUGUCAGGGUUCCCCUUGGUUCAGGAUCAAGAGGAUAGCGAAUGGGACUUCAUGAAGGAUGCUGACAAGCAGUUAGCCUAUAAGUUUAAAGUCUAUGACCUGAGUCUGAAGGAAGUCCAAAACACCCUCAUGUACUGGGACCGCAAGCAAGGCAUCCAGAUGCCUCACGCAGGGCUGGAGGAAGCGUCCCAUGAACAGGAGGAACAGCGCCAGGCUCCCUCCAGCUCUGCGGGGCGCCGCGGCCGCAAGGACCGCGAGAAGGAGCGCCUGGAGAAGGAACGCUUGGAGAAGGAGCGCCUGGAGAGGGAGAAGGCCGAGAGGGAACGCCUAGAGAAGCUGAAGGCCCUGGAAGACCGCAGUGACGCCGAGGGCGAAGGGGAAGAGGAACACGAGGGGAAGAAGGAUCUGGGGGUGCCAUUCAUCAACAUUCAGACUCCAGACUUUGAAGGCAUAAGCUGGAAGCACGCCCUAGAGAGUGCCAUGCUUCCCAGAGGAGAUCAGAUCCUAGAUGUCUUGGGCCUGGGUUCCUCUGGACCACCCAUUCCACCUCCUGCCUUGUUCUCAAUUGUCUCUUACCCUGUGAAGCGGCUGCCCUUGACUCCCACAGAUAUCCUGAAGCACUUUGUGUUUGUGCUUCCCUCAAAUGAUGAUGUCACCUCCUUGGAUGAUAAGAAAGACAUGGAAGGAGACUCAGAUAUCUUCAUCAACACCCUCUUAAUCAAGGCCCAAGAGGAGCAGGCCUCCUCAUCCAAAGGAAGCAAACAGAAACCGAAAGAAAAAACAGAAUACCGUGAGUCUCAGCAGGAAAAACGUCGCACCUACAAGAAGGGCCUUCCUGUGGGAACUUCAGGAAACAUUGUCUCCCUUGCCGACUUAGACCAGAACAGCCUUGAGGGACAGCAUUCCCAGGAGAAGUUCACCAGGCUGAACUACUUCCGGUGGAUUGUGCCAGCCAAUGGAGAGGUGACAUUGAGAGUCCACUUCUCAUCCACUGAUCUUGGGAACUAUGACCAAACAUUUAACUUUGAGAUCCUCGGAACUCGCCGCCAGUACCAGCUCUAUUGCCGAGGUGUCUGCACUUACCCUUAUAUUUGCCAAGACCCAAAAGUGGUGUUUCCUCAACGGAAGAAAGACAUGAAGAUAAAUGAGGUCAUCUUUAAGAAAUAUGUUAUGAGCAUGGAUAAAUUUUACUUUGGGCCACUGCUUUGUGGAAAAUCAAGAGAUAAAUACAAGUCAUCCUUGUUCCCUGGCAACAUGGAGAUGCUAACGAUCCUGAAUGAUUCUCCAAUGAUAGUAGAGGCAUACUUCUGUUUUCAGAAUGAUGUGAAAGCAAACACCUACUUUCUGGAGCCCAUCAACAUGAUUCUGCAACCAAAUGAGAAGCAGAUACUAAAUAUAUGGGCAUACCCUACUUCAGUAGGUAUCUUUGAAGAUAGCAUAGUCUGUUGCAUCAAGGAGAACCCGGAGCCAGCUAUCUUCAAAGUAUGUUGCCAAGGGAUUCGCCCAGAAAUUGAGCUGGAGCCCAGGCAGUUACAUUUUGAUCGGCUCUUGUUGCACAGAAGAGAAUCCAAACUAGUUAUUUUCCGAAAUGUCACACCCUUGCCUGUGGCCUGGAGGAUCUCCAGCCUGGAGCACCUAGGUGAAGACUUCACCACAUCCACAAUGCAGGGAAUUAUCCUGCCCAAGGGAGAGUACAGGCUGCAGGUGCACUUCCAGCCCUCCAAACCUGUCAACAUCAAGAAGGCUAUUCGGAUAGAGGUUUUAGAUGCAGAGAAUAUUGUUGGUGUUGUUCAGAUUGAAAACAUCCUGAUCUUUGCAGAAUCAUAUGAUAUUGCUUUGGACAUCACCUUCCCCAAAGGAACUGAAGGAGGUCUCGACUUUGGGACUGUGAGGGUCAUGGAAGAAAUAAAGCAGCCCCUUCAACUGAAGAACCGUGGAAAAUACGAGAUCUUGUUCAGCUUUUCUGUGGACUCUUUAGGGGUUUUUCCAACCAGUAUGAAUUCCAUGAUCUCAUUCCAACCCCAAAAGGGCUCACUGACCGCAAUAGAUAAGCCCAUGAAUGUCCUGGUGUUCUUUCGUGCAAAAAAGGAAGUGAAGAUCGAGCACCAGCCUGUUCUGCGCUGUCAGAUUAUUGAGCCUAAUCUUUCAUCAGAGGGUGAGAUCAUUGCCAGCAUCCCAAUUAAGUUUUCUGUGAACGCAGUAUUCUCCAAAUUCAACAUCAGCCCCGCCUCUAUCAUCAACUUUGGGGCUUUGAUCUGUGGCACUAGGAAGAGUAGCACCUUCACCAUAGAAAACCAAGGUGUUAUUGACUUCAAGUACUCCCUCUACCGGCUGACGGGAGAAAACUCCUUUCAUCAAAAGAAAACACCCAGCCAUAUCAGACAUGUAAGAACCCGAGAAAGUGAGAGCUUCUCCAAAUCUGGAACCACUAAAACAACCAAGUUCUCAGAUACAGUCCAGAAAGACAUGAACGUUGCAAACCAAGCCCGCUUCUCCCACAGCAUGUUCACCGUGUAUCCUGGGUUUGGCUCUAUCCCUCCUGGAGGAGUACAAGUCAUCAAUGUGGAGUGUGUGGCUGACCCCGUGGGAAGGUGUGAGGAGUUUCUGGCCAUUGACAUCUCUGACCGAGAUACUAGAGAAUAUCCUGCAGGCAUUCCUUAUACUCUGCUUGCUGAAGCAUGUCUACCAGCCUUUGUGACUGACAACAACAUCUCAAUAUUUGAGGAGCACCAGAUCUGUACCAGCCCCAACAUGUUCUACAUGCUACAGACCAUACAGAGUGGGGGGCUAUUUGUGGAGGACGAGAACAAGUUCAUCUUCUGCAAUGUCCUGGUGGGCCAUCAGGCCAAGGCUCGAUUCAAGAUUAGCAAUGCGGGAAAGAUUUCCUGUGAUGUCAACAUUGUAGUCAAACCCAUCUCUAAUAAGGUCAUUGCCCGCAUCACUGACAUCUUUGAUGUAGAGCCCAACAAGAUGUGUAUUGCCAGUCGCUCACAUGCCUUCGCCACUGUGUUCUUCACACCGCAGGCCAUGCAGACCUACCAGUGCAUCUUCGAGGCCACAUUGGAUGGCUUGCCCAGCAACAUAGCCAGGAACCGAGGCCUUGUGUUCGAUGUUGUUGGUGAGGGGACCCUCCCACGAGUGACUAUCGUGCGGCCAACUCUCUAUAAUCAACUUGGAAACCCUUUGCUUCUCUUUAAGAGGCUUCUGCUUGGUCUUUCAGAGAAACUGCCUCUUAUCCUCAAGAACAAUGGCACCAUCCCUGCCCAGCUACAUGUAGACCUACAGGACCAACUAGGAGUCUUCUCUCUGAAAGGGAGGCCCACCACCUCCUACAUCUAUAUCACAGAGGAAAACAAACCAAAUGAGAAAGCAAUAAAAGCCCACACAGCCUCCUUGGUUGUUUCUCCUGGAAACACAGCCGAAUUUGAUGUCUUUUUCCACUCCCAGAAGGUUGGGAGAAUGACAGGCACCAUCCACCUCUCAGUAAUCAACAACCAGUAUGAGGAGACUAUCAUCCACUUGGUGGGAGAAGGUUAUGAGGAUGACAUCACCUUGGACAACAUCCAUGGGCUGGUGGCUCCCACCAGCCAGGAGAGCUCAGAUAUGUCUGAGAUAAUAGAGAUUGCUAAGGAAAGCACCAUGGAAGACUUGGUGGCAGCUGCUCUGUUGGACCACAUCCAGUUUGGGCACUGCCACAUUGGAAUCAGCUAUAAUGUGAGCUUCACAAUCACCAAUCACAGCUACGUGAAUGUGAUACGAUUUGAGUGGCCCUUCUUAACUACUGUGUCGUUCUCUCCACAAAUUGGCCACCUCCACCCUGGCUGUUCCAAGGACAUAAUGGUGACCAUGAAGUCAGAAGUGCCCGUCAGCCUGAAGAAGAUGGGGGUCAAGUGCAAGCUCUCCAAGAUCAUGUUUCAGCUCCCUACAGACCAGGUCCCUGACUGGGAUGACCGCAUGCGCACAGUCAAGUGGGUAGAUGCGCCCCGAACUAUACCUGGGGCUUUGACUACAAAACGAAAGGUGGUAGAGACGGACCCUGAGCCGGCCCACUCCAUGUUAGAAGAAAACUACCGAGAAGUGUGCAUUCAGAUAAGUGCUGUCGUGGAUUUCGCUUCAUACCAGUGCCACACAAAUGAUGUGUCCUUUAAGGAAACGCUGGUUUACCAGACCCGAGUGUUUGAGCUUGACCUUGUCAAUACAGGAAAUGUGCAGCUAGAAUUCAACUGGACCUCAGAAGAUAAUUCAAAGGCAGUCAGCUUUGCCAUGCCAGAAAACCAAGCUUCUGCUCAAAAAGAUCAGCUCAGUCAAGGCACAGGCAGCACCCUGGACAGCGGCUUGGACCAUUGGCCCGAGGGCACCCCUUCGCCCUUCUCGGUGGAGCCCUCCUCAGGCAUCGUGCCUGUGGGGAAGACUCAGAAAUUCAAAGUGAAAUUCUCCCCUGUGGACACUGGAGAGUUUGAGAACAGCCUGUUCUGCCAGAUUCCCAACCUGCCACCUGGUGAGCAGGGCCCAGUCCUGGUAACAAAAGGGCGGAGCAUCUUGCCCUUCUGUCAUUUUGACCUGAAAGAGUCAGACUACAUCAGUGGUCAUCGGCGUAACCCAGAUCUCCGAGGGCCUGGUGCAGGACCUCUGGAUCCGAACACCCGGGUUAUUGAGUUCACCUGUGUGGGCAUAGGAGGACAAAAUCUCCAGACCUUUACAAUCCUCAACCCAACCAAUACCACCUACUCCUUCUGUUGGAUCUCUGAAGAAAUCGAAAGUCUCCAGAACCCUCCAGCCUUUUCAUGCCUUACAGAAAAGGGUGUCAUCCACCCAGAAAAGAAAGCGGAGAUUAUAUUCCAGUUCACGCCUUCCCAUCUUGAUAUCUCGGAAUCAUUCUGGACUUUCUUAAUCCCAGAACACAAUAUCUCUGUCCCCUUCCUGCUGAUGGGCAAAGCCACUGACCCUGUCAUCUCUCUGGACAAGUCACACCUCAACUUCAGUUCUCUCCUCAUUGGCAGAGAAGCCCGAGAAAGUGUGAAAAUCAUCAACAAGGAGGAGCAGGGGUUCAAUUUUGCCUUCCAGGACAACUCCCGCUUUUCUGAAGGAUUCAGCAGCAGCCUAGUUGUAUGUCCCAUGGAGGGCUGGGUCCAACCACUAUCCAGGUUCCCAAUUGAUAUUUUCUUCACACCAAAGCAGGAAGGAGAUGUGAACUUUAAUUUGAUCUGCAACGUGAAAAAGAAAGUCCACCCUCUGAUAUUAAAUGUCAAGGCUGAGGGCUACACUAUGAACGCAGAAGUCAAGUGUAAGGACAGGGCAGGCUCCAUCACUCUCUUGACAUCCAACCAGACCAACAUCAUUAAUUUCUAUGAGGUGGAACUAAAUGAAUGUGUCCAGUGUGAAUUCAGCUUUAUCAACACUGGGAAGUUCAAUUUCAGUGUACAGACAGAGCUUUCUGGGCCCAAAUCCCUAUUGCAGUACUUGGAAUUUUCACCUACCAACAAUACUGUGGAUGUGGGGCAAACUCAAUAUGCCACUCUGUCUUUCCAACCAUAUCAGAAGUGUGUCUUGAAGAACCUGGAACUCAGAAUCAAGGUCAGCCACGGACCAAUGUUCAUGUGCAGCAUCAUAGGCUGUGCUGUGAGCCCAGCCAUCCAUUUCUCCUUCACCAGCUACAACUUUGGGACCUGCUUUCUUUACCAAGCCGGGAUGCCCCCGUACAAGCAAACUCUGGUCAUUACCAACAAGGAAGAAACGUCUAUGAGCAUAGAGUGUUUGUACACCAAUACCACAUACCUCGAGGUGAACUUCAAUGUGGAUGUGAUAAAGCCAGGGAAGGCACUAGAGAUCCCAAUCAUCUUUUAUCCUCGAGAAGCUAUCAACUACCGAGAGCUCAUCCCCUUUGAAAUCAAUGGGCUCUCUCAACAAAUGGUGGAGAUCAAAGGGAAAGGAACAGAAAUGAAGGUCAUAAUUCUAGACCCACCCAAUAGGAUGGUGAAGUUAGGAGCUGUCCUGCCAGGACAAAUUGUCAGGAAAACAGUUUCCAUCAUGAACAACAGCCUCGCCCAGCUCACCUUUAACCAGUCAGUCUUGUUCUCCAUUCCAGAGCUCCAAGAACCCAAGGUCAUUACCUUAGAGCCCUUCCACAACAUCACUUUGAGGCCUAAAGAAGUCUGUAAGCUGGACAUCACCUUUGCCCCAAAGAAACGUGUCCCUCCUUUCUCUGAGGAAGUGUUCAUGGAAUGGAUGGGGCUCCUACGCCCCCUCUUCCUCCUCAGUGGCUGCUGCCAGGCCCUGGAGAUCUCCCUGGACCAGGAGCAUCUUCCCUUUGGACCUGUUGUGUAUCAAACACAGGCCACACGCCGCAUCCUCAUGAUGAACACAGGCGACAUGGGUGCAAGGUUUAAAUGGGAUGCCAAGAAAUUCAAGCCUCAUUUCUCCAUCACUCCAGAAGAAGGCUACAUCACAUCAGGCAUGGAGGUUUCUUUUGAAGUGACCUACCACCCCACCGAGGUGGGAAAGGAAAGUCUCUACAAAAACAUGCUGUGCUUCAUCCAGGGAGGAAGCCCUCUGCACCUCACCCUGUCAGGAAUGUGUGUGGGACCACCUGCAAUAAAAGAGGUGGUGAACUUCAACUGCCAGGUGCGCUCAAAGCACACACAGACCAUCCUGUUGUCAAACCGCACCAACCAGACCUGGAAUCUGCACCCCAUCUUUGAGGGUGAGCACUGGGAAGGGCCCGAGUUCAUCACCCUUGAGGCCCAUCAACAAAAUAAGCCUUACGAAAUCACCUACAAGCCUCGUUCUAUGAACGUGGAGAACCGCAAACACCAGGGCACUCUCUUCUUCCCCCUUCCGGAUGGGACCGGCUGGCUAUAUGCUCUGCAUGGUACUGCCGAACUUCCCAAAGCUGUUGCUAGUAUCUACCGUGAGGUGCCAUGUAAGACACCAUACACUGAGCUUCUGCCAAUCAGCAACUGGCUGAACAAGCCCCAGAGAUUCCGGAUCAUUGUGGAAAUACUAAAGCCAGAGAAGCCAGACCUAAGUGUCACUCUGAAGGGCCUUGAUUAUAUUGAUGUACUGGCUGGCUCCAAGAAGGACUACAAGCUGAACUUCUUUUCACACAAGGAAGGACUGUACACUGCAAAGGUGAUCUUCCGGAAUGAAGUGACCACUGAGUUUUUGUACUACAUGGUGAGUUUCAAGGUUAUCCCUUCAGGCAUCAUAAAAACCAUCGAGAUGGCAACCCCAGUCCGCCAGAGCACAUCUGCCUCCAUCAAAUUGGAGAACCCCCUGCCCUACUCAGUGACCUUCUCCACGGACUGCAAGGUGACUGACAUCAGCCUGCCUUCCCAGUUCGCUGUGCCUGCCAACUCUGAGGGACUAUUCUCAUUUGAAUUCCAGCCCCUAAAAGCUGGAGAAACCUUGGGGAGACUAACUUUGCACAACAGUGACUUGGGUUACUACCAGUAUGAGCUCAAUUUGAAGGCCUUGCCAGCACCUCCUGAGAAACCUGUCCAUUUCCAAACUGUGCUUGGCAGCAGCCAAAGCACCUUUGCAAAAUUCACCAAUUAUACCCGGCAGAAGACAGAAUACUACUGCAAGACAGACAGUCCUGACUUCCACACGGAAAGAGUCAUUAAUGCAGCCCCAGGAGCCCAGGGUGGCACUGAAGUCAGCGUGGAAGUCUUCUUUGAGCCCAGCCACUUGGGUGAGACCAAGGGCAUACUGACUCUGUCAUCACUUACAGGUGGUGAAUAUAUCAUACCCCUCUUUGGAAUUGCUCUGCCCCCCAAGCCCCAAGGCCCCUUCCUGAUUCGAGCUGGGUACAACAUAGUCAUCCCCUUCAAGAAUGUCUUUCUGUAUCCAGUGAACUUCUCUUUCAUUGUGGAGAACCCAGCCUUUUUCAUCCGAGCUGCAGACUCUGUGAGGCCCAAGAAGAUCAACAACAUCACAGUCUUCUUUGAGGGAAACCCAUCAGGCAACAAGACCCCCAUCACCACCAAGCUGAUUGUCACUUGCCCCCAGGGUGAAGGCAUUGAAUCUGGAAUAAAAUGGGUUUAUUAUCUGAAGGGGAUCACCCCCUAGUGAUAACAGGGUUACCUACAUCAACAAAGCUCCAUCUCCUCAGCCUAUAAGCCUUUCAUUGUCCUAUCCUAACAAAGAACAGAAAA